CUUGCACUUUCCUUCCCAGACUCCUCUGCGCGGCCUCUAGCUAAGCUCCCUUUCACUUGUUUUAUAGCUAGACGGAGCUCCCUGCGUGCACCGCGCGCUCCCCGAGGCGCGCUAAGGCAGCUGUGAACUGCAAUGUCUUUGGAGACCACAGGUAGUAGAUGACACAGUCACAAGCUGGACCUGGUCACCAGCCACAUCAGCCUUCGCAUGAAUGAGAGGUCAACCAGAAUCAACCAUGUCUGGGAAGGAGGACGCAAUCUUUGGAGGACGCGACCGCCAUCCUGCUGGUGGCAGCUCUGUAUUAUGCUUUGGACAGUGCCAGUACACAGCAGAGGAGUACCAGGCCAUUCAGUGUGCUCUGAGACAGAGGCUGGGACCAGAAUACAUAAGUAGCCGCAUGGCUGGAGGAGGCCAGAAGGUUUGUUACAUUGAGGGUCAUAGGGUAAUUAAUCUGGCCAAUGAGAUGUUUGGUUACAAUGGCUGGGCACACUCCGUCACACAGCAGAAUGUGGAUUUUGUUGACCUCAACAAUGGCAAGUUCUACGUGGGAGUCUGUGCAUUUGUGAGGGUCCAGUUGAAGGAUGGUUCAUAUCAUGAAGAUGUGGGUUAUGGUGUUAGUGAGGGCCUGAAGUCCAAGGCCUUGUCUUUGGAGAAAGCAAGGAAGGAGGCAGUGACCGAUGGGCUGAAGCGUGCCCUCAGGAGUUUUGGGAAUGCACUUGGAAAUUGUAUCCUGGACAAAGACUAUUUGAGGUCACUAAAUAAGCUUCCACGCCAGUUACCUCUGGAAGUGGAUUUAACUAAAGCGAAGAGGCAAGAUUUUGAACCAUCUGUGGAACAGGCAAGAUAUAAUAGCUGUCAACCAAACAUGGUGCUGGGACACCCAAAAACACAGAAAGUGACCUCCCCUUGCAGACCAUGCCACCCAAAUGAUGUCCACGUUGUGAUACAGGAGGAAAAGGACAGCAGCUCCCGACACCUGACCACAUCCACUGUGGAUAGUGAUGCCACGUACCAGCGGAAGCUCCGGCAAAAGCAGCUGCAGCAGCAGUUCCGGGAGCAGAUGGAGAAACAGGAGCAAAUGGAGAAACAGGAGCAAGUUCAAUCAUCUGCCCCAUCAGUUGAAAAGAAGAGUGAGGCAGUGCUUGCGGCCCCUCCUCUGACACACAGCACUCCCAUAACUGCUGUCUCAGAACCAGUCACUGAGAAAGACUGCACAUCAGAGAAUCUUGACAGUCUUGAAAUGUGGGAUCUGACUCCAGAUGUACUGGACAGUGUUGUCAAGCCCUUGUUUGGACCAGAACCACCCCAGACAUCAGACACACUAGCACUGAACAACCAGAUGGUGACCUCAAACAGGACCCCAUACAGCCUUUGCCACCAGAAGCCACAAGCAAAACCAGGAACCUGGCAACCUCAAACUCACAGCACUAACCAGCCUGUAACAGGUAACUGGGAAUCUCUUAAGAGCCAGGACAUGAAGAAAAGGAAAUUGGAUACAUCUUAACUGAGGCUCAGGCUACAUCACUGGGACUCUAUCCUAAAGGGAUUUUGGAAAACUACUUUUUGGUCACACUGGUCAUCGUUCCUGGAGAGUAAACUUCAUUUCUAAAGGUUUACCUUGUUUCAUUCUGCAGCUUAUCUGAGGAUUUGCUGAGUCUACUGUAGUUAAUAAAGCUGAGCGCCUUUAAAAAGCUUGUCGCACACUGCAGUGGGAAGGUGCUGGACAGAUGAAACACGCCUUUUUUGGCUCUUGUGGCUUUCAUUAUUUAUUCCUAAGCUAUUAUGUUAAUAAAGAUAGACAUUUUGGGAAUUGCAGCUGGCUGCCUGUCCUCAAGCAAUGGAGGCCAGACAUGGUACGAGGCACUGGCUUUAACAACUGCCAACAAUAAAUUGUUUGGAAUAAUCUGUUUUCUUUUCCUGUAGGAAAAUGUCCACAUAAGUACUGUAUUUCAUGGAACAAGGUUGCAGUAGUGCUUUUUACUACUUGUUAUCCAACAAGGCUACAAUCUUCAUCUAAUAUAACCUCUUAAUUUAUGGGUUUACAACAUCACAAUCCUGCAUUCUUUCAAAAUCAACUUUUUUUUCCUAAGCAAGAAAAUGAUUUAAGAGCAAGGAAAGGCAUUUUGAGAAAGCAAAUCCUUUUCUAACAAAAUAUAAAAUACACAGGCUGCAGACGACACCUGUGGCUCAAGGCGCUGGCCCCAUAUACUGGGAGUGGUGGGUUUGAGCCCAGCCCCGGGCAAAACUACAGAAACAAAAAAAAAGUAUAAAAUAUACAGGCUGAGAAUCCCUUAUCUGAAAUGCUUGAGACCAGAGUUAUUUUGGAUUUUGGAAUAUUUGUAUGUACAUAAUGAGAUCUCUUAGGGUUAGGAGCCGAAUCUAAGCAUUAAACUCAUUUAUAUUUCAUAUAUACCUUAUACAGGUAGCCUGAUGGCCAUUUUAUACAUUUUAAAUAAUUUUGUGCAUAAAACAAAGUUUGUGCACAAGAUACACUGUAGCUGAAGAGCACUGGGAUGGUAUUGGGGCCACUGAAUAAACUGUUCAUGCCUGUUUUGACUGUCCUGUCAAAUGGGGCCAGGUGUGGAAAUUCCUACUUGUGGCAUCAUGUGCUCAAACUGUUUGCAUUUGGGGUCUCAGAUUUUGGAUUAGGGAUGCUCAACCUGUAGCUGUUUUUAAAUCCUCAUUUCAGAUGUGAAAUGUAACCCACCUUAACAUUUUCCUUUGUGUUUAGAUAUUUUAGAAUUCUUUCCCCCAAUAAUGAGUUUGCAAUCUUACUUUUUACUUAUGCCUAAUGUGGAAGCAAUGACUAACUUUUUUGGAUUACAGACCCAUUUGUGGGAAGCUGUGACUGAGGUAAGGAACUAAAAAGUACUGGCCAACAGCUGAUCAUCUGUAUUCCUUCAAAAGAUGCAGAGGCAGUAGCUUAUCUUGAUUUUCCUCUUCUUUUUUUUUUUUUUUUUGAGACAGAGCCUCAAGCUGUCGCCCUGGGUAGAGUGCUAUGGCGUCACAGCUCACAGCAACCUCCAAAUCCUGGGCUCAAGCGAUUCUCCUGCCUCCGCCUCCCAAGUAGCUGAGACUACAGGUGCCUGCCACAAUGCCCGGCUGUUUUUUGGUUGCAGCCAUCGUUUGGCAGGCCCAGGCUGGAUUCAAACCUACCAGCUCAGGUGUUAUGUGGCUGGUGCCUUAGCCGCUUGAGCCACAGGCACCUAGCCAAUUUUCCUAUUUUCUAAAAGCUUUACUUGUUAUAUAUGGAUUUGGUGAUUUUGUCAUAUAUUCAGUUUUUGAUUUUGAUAUCCUUACCAUUUUUCUAUGGCAAAAAUAUUUUUCUCUGUCCGUAAUUUUAGUUCACCGCAAAAUUGUUGCUAAAAAAAAUUCCCAAGAAUUAGGAAUCCAGUUUUAAAUUGCAUAUUACUCAAAAUAGCUCCAAUGAGGAUGUGAAAGAGAAGUUGCUGGAAAUGAAACCUCACAGGUCAACAAAAGCAAAGUUUGGUUUAUUUGAAUGGUUUCAUUAAAUAAAUCUACAAAGGUAACAAACUGAAGCACAAAGCGCAAUCUUACAAGAAGCGCAACACCCAGAGUUAGUGCAAAAUGUACAAUUAAUGGCUGCUGAGAAACUCCCAAAGUUUGAAUUCAGUUUAUUUGUUUUUUUAAACAGUAUACAUUGUUAAAUAAUGUAAAGAAAACAUUUAUAAUUCAGAAAGAUUUUUAAUGUGGAAAAGACUCAAAGUGUACUAUUAACACAAAAAUAAUUUAAACAGUUCAGUAGCACUAGUUCAUUCCUCUAGGCUUCAGUUAUUUCAUCCACAGGCGGGGAAAAAUGAAUCAACAGUAAAUAAAACCAGUUCUUAGUUUUUGUGUAUGAGUGAAAAGAUCUCAAAAUUAUUAAACCAAAGUAACAAAACGAUCAUGUGCUGCAUUUGGCUCCCUCGUCCCUCUGGAUAAAGUUUUGUUCCAUUCAUCUUAGGUUGUCCAUUUCUCAUUACUUGGCACUCUCCAUUCUGUCCUUACUCUUACCCUCUCCCCAAAAAUUACAAGCAGAGAAUAAAUAAGUAAACAGUUUUAAACCAAAACUUGAAACUGCCAGCCUUUUCAUUUCUACCUUCCUAAAACCCUCAGCUCUCAUUUGCCUCUCUGGGGCUCACAGCACACAGCAAAGCAAGCUAGGAAGCAAGGGACUGGCUCUUCCUAGGGUUGUGGUUAUUCCUGGGAAGUGCCACUGGGUGUGGGAUGAAAGGUUGGAAAUAUGUCAGUUUUCCAACUAAAUGUCAAGAGCAGAAGCAUCCCCCAGGAGUCCUAGCUUCUUUCCGUAUCUUGAGAGACAAUAUAGUUCCCAUACAUAGCCAAUUAGGAUAAUAUUUCUGGAAAGUUCUGAAAACAACAGAAAUGCCCAUUACUAAUUAGGCAUAGCACUGAAUAAUACUGGUUGGUUGCAGUUAUUACUUAAGGGAAGCAUUUGUAGGAAAAUGUGAGAAUAUUAGUUGUAACUUUAGACAUAAAGGUGGCAAAACAUUAUAAUCCUGCAACCAUUUGGACAUCAUAGAGAAAAUAGGUAGGAAUAAGCAUUCUUUCCGACAAUGCUUAUUAAUUCAGAUGUGGAAAGAUUCACUAUCCACAAAAUAUAGUACCCCAAGCUGAGAAAUGCAUGGUACAUGUGCAAGAAGAGGAAAGCAAUCCAGUUUUAGAGCAACCUUCUCCACCUGUGGUUUUUUACUAUCACAUUUUCCAACUUAAAAACUAGCCUCCAACCCCUUCUCUUUAUGUUUUAAUUUCUUCUAGGUCUUGUCUGUUCAAGCCCAGCUCAAAUAUGUAAGGCUUAUGACAGUCACUGGCUAGGUUCAAGUAUCUUCUAAACAAGUUUGUUCCCCGUUCUUUAGUCUCUCUUUUUCCUUUCAUUGAGCACACACCACUCUUAAUCUUUUAAAUUGCCCCAUUUAGUUAGAACGCCCCUUUUCCUGAAACAGAACUCUCUAUUCCAACCACUGAUGCCAACUUAACUUCUCACCUGACUCAUCUUACACCUGCUCUAGACAAAAAUUGUUGAAUGACUUAAAAAAAUUACUCUUUCAACUUCCCUUUGGCAUAUCCACUGCUAGGGUCACAUGGACCUGUAAUUUCCUUCCACAUGCCCUUUGCUGAUCUGGGGUCUGAUCAAGUUGAUGCUAAUGGCAGAAGCAAUAGAAGUCCAAGGCACUAAAAUGUCCAGCAAGCAACACUGGGAGAACAGAAGUAUUCAAGUACAGUAAUUUAUACAAUUUUACAUUCACAUUUAUUUAUCUAAUACAAUGGAAAUACAAAGGAAAAAAGUUAAAGUGUCUCAAAAAGUAAAGGACAGAGCUUUUUUUUUUUUUGGAACUUUUUAACGUUUCAUAUUUUACUCUUAAAACUACUGUUGUCCAACAACAUUUAUAUAAUAUCACAGUGUUUCCACAUCAAAACUGAUGGCGAAGUUACAUGUCCGCAGGGAACUUAAUUUUUUUUCCUAAUUGCUAAUGCUGCAGUCAAAGCUGCUAAUAUCUUUUGCUUAAAGCACUAAUGACCUAUCAUAAGGGUAACAACCCCAGUCCCCUGGUAUUUUUCACUGGGUUCUAAAGAGCAAAGAAAAA